GAAACACAUAAACCAGUCCCUCUUAACCCAAAUCCUAUCUCUCCAAAACCCAAAACUCGUUUGCUCAAUCGUCUUCUCCAAUUUCUCUCAUUCGCUUCAGAAAGCCAAUGGCGUCAAUCAUCUCUCUCUCAAACAUAAUCGGAUUCCGUGACAACAAAAACCAUAAUUCCUCUUUUUCAACUUCUCUCUGUAAACUAAACUACAGUUCAAAUAUAGUUGAAAUCAAGAGAUUUUCGCGGCACAAUGGUUAUCGAAAAAUUGGAUAUGAGCGUAGAUGUUUUCGAUUAUAUGCUGUUUUUGGAGGGAGGAAGGAAAAUUAUGAGAAAAAUGAUGAUGCAACUUCUAAGCACGGUGGCAGUAAGAUUAGAAAUGAUGAAGUGCCUCAAAAUGCUGAUUUUCCUCGGAAUUAUUCAAGAAAGGAGAAGAAGCCUUUUCCAGUUCCCAUUGUAGAACUGCGACGCGCAGCUAGGGAGAGGAUAAAGAAGAUGAAAGAUGAGCCUAGGAAAAAACCUUUGCCGGCGCCAAAGAAUGGAUUGCUAGUGAAGAACCUAAUACCAGAUGCACAUGAUGUAUAUAAUGCUAGGAUCACUUUGAUUAAUAAUAUAAAGAAGCUGCUCAAAGUAGUACCCGUGCACGCUUGUGGGUGGUGCAGUGAAAUCCAUGUAGGCCCUGUUGGACAUCCAUUCAAGUCAUGUAAAGGUUCCCAAGCAAACCAACGCAAGGGCCUUCAUGAUUGGACAAAUGCACAUGUUGAAGACAUAUUAAUACCGAUUGAAGCCUAUCACCUCUAUGACCGCCUUGGAAAGCGGAUUACUCAUGAACAGAGAUUCUCCAUCCCUCGGAUUCCAGCAGUGGUUGAGCUCUGCAUUCAAGCUGGCGUUGAGAUUCCAGAGUUUCCCACUAAAAGGAGAAGAAAGCCAAUAAUCCGUAUUGGGAAGAAGGAAUACGUGGAUGCAGAUGAAAGCGAACUACCAGAUAAAGUCCCAUAUACCCCUAUUAAACCGUUACUAGCUGAAAUACCGGAUUCAGAAAUAGAUGCUCCAGUGAGCAAGGAGGAAGUAGUCCAACUUGCCGAGGAAACACUCCAAGCAUGGGAACAAAUGAGGAGAGGUGCCAAGAGACUAAUGAGGAUGUACCAUGUGAGGGUCUGUGGAUAUUGCCCUGAAAUUCAUGUUGGUCCCAAUGGAACGAAAGCUCAAAACUGUGGGGCACACAAACACCAACAACGCAAUGGGCAGCAUGGUUGGCAAUCUGCAGUGCUCAAUGACUUAAUACCCCCGAGAUUUGUGUGGCAUGUUCCUGAUGUAAACGGACCACCUCUGGAACGAGAGCUUAGGAAUUUCUACGGACAGGCUCCAGCAGUAGUUGAAAUAUGCAUUCAGGCUGGUGCUGAGUUACCAGAACAAUAUAAAUCAACCAUGCGCCUUGAUGUUGGGAUCCCUUCAACUCUUCAAGAAGCUGAAAUGGUAGUUUGAGAUUUAAAGUGUAAAUUGCAUGUUGUAUGUAGAAGGUCAAAAGAAUAGCCAUUAUGUGGUUAGUUCUGGCUGGGGUAUUUUUUUCAGUUCAACUGAACACACUUUUUAUGUGGUCAACUGUUAGUAUAUGGCAGAAGAUCCAUGUGUUGUAAAAGAAUGACAUGGUUUUGAUGUAAUAGAGAAGAAGAAAAUAGAGGAUAUAAGAUUGUUUUUGAUGAA